GACAACCGCCGUUGCUUCUCUACCAAAGGACGAGGGAGGAGGAAUCUAAUAGAAGCCAUUGGUUUAACACAGUGUAGACAAUCGAGUUUGAUAUAGCUUGACAAAAGGAAUAUUUCAGACCACAGAUUAAUUAUACAGAAACUGUCUCUAUAUCUAGAAAUUACGAGACCCGUUAUUGUGUGGUAGAGUCUUAAAUUAGUUGUUGUUGGAAGCAGUUUAGCAUUGUUUAUAUUGUGCUAGGAGCUUGGAGGAGGCCCAAUCUGCUGUAAUAUCGGCCGCCUCAUACUCGGAGUGUUGUUUUGAGGUCCGGCAUUUUCACGCACCAAAGAAUAUGAAACAGGGGCCACAAUGACAUCCAGAUUUGGUAAAACCUACAGCCGAAAGGGAGGAGAGGGGACUUCCAAGUUUGACGAGGUCCUUUCCAACAAGAGAGCCACACUCAGCACCAAAUGGGGUGAGACCACAUACAAAGCCAAGGUGAGCUCCAAGCGUUCAGGGGCCUGGACGGAACUGGCCGAGCAUCCCAAGAAGGCCAGAGUGUCGGACGAUAGCUCAGAGGAUCCAUUUGGGUUUGACAGCGAUGAAGAGUCUAAACCCGUCACCUCCAGAAGCCAGGUUAAGGCCUCCCCUGCCAAGCCUGCUUCGGCAGAACCUCCCCAGGCAGAGAGACCAGGCCUCAGCUUGGAGGCCUCCAGCAGUAGAAUCAGCCAGCAGGCCAGUUUGCUGGCAUCGGCACCCAGGACGUCCAGCUCUACCAGUGAUAGGAACCAGUUGAGGGUGAUGGACACAGCCCGGUUCUUCAACACCACAACUUCUGCUAAGCCCCAGCAGAGCUGGUCCGCUCAGGGCGACACUCCAGAGAAGCAGCACAGCUACUCCUGGUACAGUAACGCCUCAGAGAGCGACAAGAAGCCCCUGGCCCAAACCACCACCCUCAAGACGGAGGCCAAAGAGGCCUACGACUCCUGGGACGCCGUCAUCGGCCUCCGCUCCACCUCCCCAACCCCCGAGCCUCCCAGGAACCCCCCUUCCAUGUGCUGGGCCUCCUCGGUGAGGUCCGGGCCGGUGAGCUACAGCACAGGCCUGGGCCGGGACCGGACCCUGGGGGCGGGCCGGGAGGAGAAGCCCCCCCCUCCGGAGCUGACCAGUGAGAGUGAGGAAGUGGGCCAGGGUGACUGGGAGGUGCCGAGCGAGCCCUCCGACAACUCCCAGUCUCUCCUCAGAACCUCCAACUGCCGGACCUACCGCCGGCCCAACAAGCAGGGCAAGGACGGCACCACCACCACCAGCAGCAGCAGCAGUGUAGCCGCCAAGCCCAGCAGCACAGAGCCGACCAAACCAGCGGGCCGAGGCAGGACGAGAGACUACACGGUCCUGCACCCGUCGUGUGUGUCCGUGUGUAACGUCACCAUCCAGGACUCUCUGGACCGCAGCAUGGAGGACAUGGCCAACGCCACCGUCAACACCACCGCAACCGUCGCCCUGGGAGACCUGGGGGAGGCUGGACGUCUGAGGAAGAAGGCCGAGACCGCCCCCGCCGCCAAACCGACCAGGCUCAAACCCACUCAGAGCAAGUCAAAGAAGGACACCAAGCUGGACUUCUUUGGUUUCGAGGAGAAGGAGGUGCCCCUGGAGGAGGGGGAGGAGACCCCUGACACCUCAGAGGGCUCCAAGUACAAGAUCAAGUACUUUGGCUUUGACGACAUGAGUGACAGUGACAGCGACGAGGAAGACUCCCAGGCCAGGGAGAGGAGGAAGGCCCAGAGGGCUGCUGCCGCCGCCGUCGCCGCCGCCGUCAUGGAAACUGGGGCGGAGAGUCCGCCACCGAGUGACAGUCAGGACAGUUGGACCAGAGAGGACCCAGAGCAGAGUGAAGCACUCCUGCUGAGGCCAGACGUGCUGGAGUUCCCAGAGGAGCCGUCUCUGGCUGUGCCUGACGCCUUCAGGAGACCCCAGGGUGGCAGGCCAGCAGAGAAGUCCAAGGAGAGCAGCAGGAAGAUCUUCAGUGGUCCCAAGAAGUCUCCUACCAAAGCUGUGUACAACGCCAGACACUGGAACAGGCCAGAGACCGAGGAGCUGCCCCCGCCCACCCUGCCUCCAUCACAGACGGCCCCUGCCGGUGUUUCAGGUUCCAGUAAAGACACCAACUCCCACAAAGACGACGGGGUGUUCAAGGCCCCGCCCCCUCCCCCCAAGGUCAUCAAAUCGGUGUCCUUCCCCACAGAGCCCUACCAGGACAUUGUCACUGCACUGAAAUGUAGAAAAGAGCACAAGGAGCUUUACACGGUAGUCCAGCAUGUCAAGCACUUCAAUGACGUGGUGGAGUUUGGAGAGAACCAGGAGUUUACUGACGACUUUGAGUACCUGGCCACAGGACUGAAGAGUGGUCAGCCCCUCAACACACGCUGCCUUAGUGUCAUCAGUCUGGCCACCAGGUGUGCCAUGCCCAGCUUCAGAAUGCACCUGCGGGCGGCGGGCAAGGUGGCUCAGGUCUUUAAAACCCUCAACGACGCCCCCCAGCACCCGAACCUGUCCCUGUGCACGGCCUCCCUCAUGUACAUCCUGAGCCGGGACCGUCUGAACAUGGACCUGGACCGGGCCAGCCUGGACCUGAUGCUGCGCCUGCUGGAGCUGGAGCAGGAUCAGGGCCACGCGGGCUCCGACGCCCAGCUCAGCGCCAAGGAGAUGGCCAAGGUCAAGGAGAAGAUCCGCAAGCUGUGCGAGACGGUCCACAACAAGCACCUGGACCUGGAGAACAUCACGACGGGGCAUCUAGCCAUGGAGACCCUGCUGUCCCUUACCUCCAAGAGGGCAGGAGACUGGUUCAAAGAGGAGCUGAGGCUUCUGGGAGGUCUGGACCACAUAGUAGAUCAAGUAAAAGAGUGCGUGGGGAACCUCAGCCAGGAGGAUGACAAGGAGAAGCUGGUGGCCUCGCUCUGGGGAGCCGAGAGAUGUCUGCGAGUGUUGGAGAGCGUUACUGUACAUAACCCAGAGAACCAAGGCUACCUGAUCGCAUACAAGGACUCGUCCCUCAUCGUCUCCUCAGCAAAGGCUCUGCGUCACUGUGAGGAGAUGAUCCAGAGGUACAGCCGCGAGGUGAGCCGCGAGGUGGCCCUGGCGGGCGCCGCCCUGCCCCACGCCAGCCACAGCAACGUGGGCAAGGCCGUGGAGGACUGCAUGAGGGCCAUCAUCGGCCUGCUGCUCAACCUCACCCACGACAAUGAGUGGGGAAGCACUAAAACAGGCGAGCAGGAGGACUUCCUGGUCACAGCUCUGAACUGUGUGCUGCGGGCCCCACAGUACCUGGCUCAGGAGCAGCGCUUCGACAUCAGAGUUCUGGGUCUGGGCCUGCUUAUCAACCUGGUGGAGUACAGUGCAAGGAACCGCUACUGCUUGGUGGAGAUGGAGAUGGAGGGGGGCGCUCCCUGGGAGAGCGUCCUGGCCCCCACCCAGGAGGAGCUGAAUACGGGCUCUCUCAGCGCCAUCGCUGCCCUGGUCCAGCUCUUCCUGCAGCGCGAGCGCGCCGCCGUGAUGGCCGAGGCGGAGACGGACGACUUCAUCAACGACGCGCCCAAGCCGGCGCUGGACCAGAGCGGCGAGUGGCAGGAGACGGGCGGGGAGAUCCAGUGGGUGGCGGCCGAGAACCACACGGAGAUCGAAGCUGCCAAGGACAAGAAGAAGGAAGAGGAGGACGAGGAGCUGGACCUCAACAAAGCCCUGCAGCAUGCUGGCAAGCACAUGGAGGACAGCAUCGUGGCCUCCUACACUGCACUGCUCCUGGGCUGUCUCUGCCAGGGGAGUCCGACUAAUGUGACUACUGUUAGAGAGAACCUGCCAAAAGGAGACUUCUCCAUCAUGACGGAGAUGCUCAAGAAGUUCCUCAAUUUCAUGAACCUGACGUGUGACGUUGGUACAGCAGGACAGAAGUCCAUCUCGCGGGUCAUUGACUACUUGGAGAACUGCUAAAGAAGCUUGUCUGUCCUCCCUGCUUUCUCUCUCACACACACACUGGUCACACUGGGGCUGACCACACACACAUGCACACACAGACAGAAAUACCACUUCCAGAUUUUCUUCAUCACUUGGGAGUGGCAGGGCCUGUGUCCUCCAUCCUGCAGCCUUGUGUCAGCCCAGCAUCGCCCCUCCCCGAGCAGAGCCUCUGUCCCUGAGGACACACAGGCUCCAUGGCCGGCCGCUCCUCUCCGUUCCCUUAGGACAGGUUAUAUCAUUGAUGAUUUGAAAGACCCAAUUUCUCUUUUUUUAAAUUGCCGAAAUCUUUGUUUUUGUUUAUUUGUGUGUGUGUGUGUGUGUGUGUGUGUGUGUGUGCGAACCAUUUUUGUGUAGAAGAUGUUCCAGUUGUGCUCUUCUUCAGGUUGUACAUAUAAAAUGCCCAAACCAGUAUUUUGUUUUCCUUCUCUCUUUGCUUUAAUGACGUUUGUUUUUUAAGCAGUUCUCUCUUUAAAGGGAUAUGUUACUUAUUUUUCUGUAACUUUCCAGUCUCACUACUAUGGCAUUGACAGUUCAGUUGAAUGUACGUUACAGUUGCCAAGUGGUGAGAACUCCCAUGGCCUCCAUCAAACCAUGUUUGGAGGGUGAUUGGCCUGUGGGUAGUUUUAGAAUGAGGGAUUCACUGUGUUUUUGAUGUUGGACCUCUACACAUCAAGGUCUGAGUGAACUGUGUCUUUUUAAGUUUUGGACAUCAUCAGAUCCCUUAUCCCACCACAGACCUAAAGAGCAUAAUUCACUGACCCAAACAAAACUUUUAUAUUAAUCCUUAACCAGUGCAAGGUCCCGGUUCUCUUUGAAAUGUCUCCUUGAAUCCCCCCUCAAAGCCACAGUACUCUGAAGCUAACUUUAAAGCUUUGAUGUGUAUUUGCUUUGUUUGGCUAUGUUUUCAAACCCCUCUGUUGUUGAUAAGUGUCAGGGGUUGAGGACCAGACAAUAGAAAGAGACAAACUAAGCAUCACAAAAUGAAUUGUUCCAGAGUCAGUCCCUCGGAAACGUCAUCUGAAAUGCUUUUACUUCAAGCCUUGACCUGAUGAACCUCGCUGUACAGAAUUGGAAAUAUUUAAUUAUUUAAUUUCCUACCACAAAACAUGUGUUCAUUCAGCCUGGGUUUGUACAGAUAAAAUGUGCAUUGACCAGUUGUCCUUGUCCAGCCUCUGAACAGACCUCCCAGCAUCACCCAGUCUCCCUGGGAGACUCAGCCUAUCUCCCCCUCCUUCGCUUCGUCCUUCACACACACUCACCAGUUGCAGUUGAGUCGCUGCUGUUUUUUUUCUUUCUUUUGUAAAACCUAACUGAACACUUUCUAAAGUUUACAAGAGCUUUAUUCAACUUGUUCACAAAAAUCUGGAAAAAUGAAUGGAACAAUGUAAAUAGUACUUGUAAAUUUUGCCUAUUGGAAAUUAGAACGGUAGACUACUUUUCUGAAUCCAAUUCUAUUUUUAUUUUAUACAGCAUUUCUCAGUUGUGUUGUUUCAGAGUCAGAUGAAAAGGUAUACAAAGCCAACUGCAGGAACUUGACCUUUGUACCAGUUUCAAGAAUAAUGUCUUUGGUUACCUGUACUGUACAUAAUUUUAACUCAAAAUAAAAUUGCUACUUUCAGUA